GACUUGGGCUAAAGGAUGCAGGAACUUAAAAGCUUCACCCUCGUUCCGUCAACUGGGAUUUUCCGGAGUGGUUUUGCUCUUUCACUCCCAAAAAGCACGGUUUCUGCCCUUCCUCCCGUCUGGUUUUACGUUUCCUCCUCCAACCAACUACCAAGCUCAGGGAUAGCGCAGGUAGCGGCGCGCUGGCACGCAUGCGUACUGCGCGCUGGCCCUCGCGGGUGGGGCUCGACCCCGCCCUGCGGCGCCCGGCCCCGGGCACCUCCUCCGCGGGUCCGCCGGCACCCCCGGGGAGCGCGCGAGGGCAGGGUGGGCGUGGCCCGGGCCGUUGGGCGGACGCCAUCCCGGCGCCAUGUCGGCCCAGGGAGUGGCGGUGUUGCUGUCGUGGCUGAGUUGCUGCGGCUCGGCCCUGUGGAGAUUACGUUAGAGUAUGAAGGAACAUCAUUUCUUGAGUGGAGUGUGCCAGGAACUUGUUCAGUGAAAAAUAAAAGCUCAGCGAGGACAGAGCUGCGUUGUUCUUCUCCUGGUGUUCAUACUAUAAGACCAAUUGUUGUGGGCCCAGAUUCAGAAGAAGAACGCAAUUUGUCUGUGCAAAGUUCUCAUAUCUGCUUCCUGUGGUAUUAUAGAGUUAUGUUAUCAUUGUAUGGAUAUAUGACCCAGAAAAUGCAGAUCCCAGUGAGAUUCUACGGAAUGCAAAUGAACCUUCACUAUUGCCUGUGCCUUUGGAGUCAUACCCAAGAAAUCAAUGCCAAAUCCAAUGUCAUGAAGAAUUCCAUAAUACUUAGCAAGCAGUUGGCCACUUUGGGACAGAAGCCUACCAUAUUUACAAGUCUGCAGAGAAAGGUUUAUUUUCCAGAGAGUAAAAUGAAGAAUGGGACCUGGCAUAUUUCAGUGCCAAUGACAACAGAUGAUGUGCUAAAGGAAAUUAAAGGAAAUCAAGUGGCUUUUCAAGACUGCUUUAUUGCAGAUGUUCUUUUCCUGCUGACCUUCCCUUUGUUGACAAUGCCCGAGAUUCCUGACUCUUUACCAAUCACUUCACCGCAAGGUAGCCAGUUAAUAUUAGCCUGGGCUACUUGUGUUCUUUCAUCGGUUGUGGUGGUAGCUGAUAUGGAGACCUUUCAAACCAAUGAUUCAUUCCGUACUUGGACCAGAAUCAGAGUGCCUCCAAACAUUUUGACUGACGAUGAGAGACACAACGUGUCUGAUGUGAACAUAUCAUGGGAUGGAAUAUUUUUUCUAAUAAAUGGUAUUCUUUACAUCAAAACUUUCACUGCGUUCAAAAGACUGGGAAGAAAUGAAAAUCUUCCUGAUGGUGGAAUUAUUGGCAUUACCUCAAGAAAAUGGUGUUGGGCCAGACAUUUAUUAAAGAGUAAAAUAAGAAGUAUCUUCGCAGUCUGGACCAAAAGUGAACUUUAUCUUGGAUAUCCUCUUCUUAGAUUUAUGAAAAUAAUGACUACUGAAAAACUGAAAAGCCUUCUAGAUAUAUCACCAACCGAUACACUAACUAUACACAAUGUUGAGUAUCCAGGACACCCUUUGGAGAUUGCCUUGUUAUUAAGUUACUGCUCUGCAUGCACAGUCAACAAAAAGAUUUAUGUGGUAAUAUAUAAUGAAGAUACAGAGCAGUGGAUGAACCAAGACUUUGCAUUAGAUGUCCCUAGUGACACUUUUGUAAAUGCACAUUUUCUAUAUUCAGCACUUCCAGAAUUACUACUAUGGGACAAACAUAGGGUCUACUAUUGCUAUCACAAUUUCACCGAGACUGGAGUCAUCCAAACACCUACAGAGUUUGGAAACUUAUCAAGGUUGUCACAGAACAGCACCAUUCAUAUUAUUUUCAUCGAUUAUUAUGGAAAUGUGGUGGUGAAAAUGGAAAAUAACAUAAUGUUCUACUUCAAGGCCAAUAUUAAAGACGCAGUAAAACUACACGCAUGGACAAAUAGUACACUGAAGUCAGCAGUCUCGAUGAGUUCCUCUGGGCUAAUGUAUCUCAUACAUGUUUUUGAAAAUGGCACAAUACGUCCACAGGAAUAUCCUUUAAGACUAGAAGCAAAAAGUGUAACUUUCAAUUCAAAAGAGAAAUGCCCCUACGUGGCAUUUCUUAAUAAUAUUUUUAGUGUUUUUUUCUUUUUGGACAAGGGACAGAACGUGUCCAUCUGGACUCAAAUAGUCUAUCCAGAAAAUGUUGGUCUGUACAUUGUGGUGGAAUCAUACGGCCCAAAUAUAUUACAAGAGACAUAUCAGGUUCACUAUGAAGUUGCCCUAGGAUACUGCACUAAAACCAUGACAGUAACAUUUUUUCAAAAUGUAAAUUAUGAGGCAGUAGAUGAUUACUUCAAAUUGCAACACCAGAACACGGGUCUUCUGCUUCUCCACAUGAGGCCUAGUGACUCAGCAAGACCAUGUCCGAUAUCCCAGAAGGUGUUCCAAAUAGCUGUUGGCUGUAAUCCUCAUAAAUACAUUGCUGUUAAAGGAUUUAAUAAAAAAGAAUGUCUUCAGCAUGAUUUCUUUUACCAUAUUGAAAAGUCAUAUUUGAGGAAUAAACCAUCUAAAAACUUGCGAGUAAAAUAUAAUUGGAAAGAAUAUGGCUGCCCAUUGAGACUUGAUUUUCGAGAAAAGUUUCGCCCUUUGGUUCAAUUAUACAAUGAAAAUGGCUACGUUGAAGAUGUGGAAGUCAAUUUCAUUGUGUGGGAAAUACACGGCAGGAACGACUACAGCUUUAAUAAUACCAUGAAGAAGAGUGGUUGUUUAAAUGAAGCCCAGACAUGGAAGUCAAUGAUUGAGCUUAACAAGCACCUCCCACUAGAAGAAGUCUGGGGACCUGAGAUUUAUUAAAUACCUGACAAACACGUUGAAGCAUUGAGAGUAAGUCUUUCUAAAGAACACCUGAAGUUUCAAUUUUUGUACAACGAAAAGACCACUUCUGAAUGCCAACUAUCAGUCCCAUACUAUAACAUUUUCCAUUUUUUCAAUCGAACUUUCUUGAAUUGAAAUUAAUUUAUGUUAUAUGGAAAAUCAAAUCAUAUCUCAUGAAUAAAAGGGACCUAUACAGUACCUGAGCCUGUAAAAUGUAAGUCCUACAACAGGAAUGUUACUUUACUUCUAUAUCAGAAUCUGUGCAUGUCAAGACAGAGAUAUAUAUACAAAACAAUGUGUAUUAUCCUCUAUAUUCCCAGCUCUAAGCAUUCCACUUUCCAUCCACCACUCCCAACCCUUCCAGCAACAUAACCCUAGAACCUUGACUGUGACAAUCCUUUGGACAAUCCUUCAACCUCAAAAUGACAUUCAAUCCGGUGACCCCACCACCCUCACCCCACCCCCAGGUUCUCUUGCUCUUUAUUCAGCUUAAAUUCCAUGGUCAAUAAUUCUAUCACUCUGUUGAUAUGUACCCUGAAUUCCCUCCUUCCUCACACUUCUUCAGACUUGUGUGGCUAAAUCACAACCCUCAUUAAAUCCAACUGUCCACCUUGACGUCUGACUGGUGGUUGGAGGAAAACAUACCCAUGCUGACUGGUUUCACUUUAAUUUCAUGAUUAAAACCAUCCCUUAAUACUGCCCAACAAACAUAAGUGUAUUUCUCCAGAGCAUUCCCUUCUCCCCUCUAGCUAUCACAUACUUUCUCCUCUCUCCUAUAAUCUGCAACACCUCUUCCCCUAGAAAACGACCCUGAGGUUU